AUGGUUACAAGUGAACUAAAAUUUUGUUCUGCCUCUGUUUCAGGAGAAAAUCUGUUGUGUGUUGCUGCUGACCAACUUUUUCACUUUCCUGCCACAUUCACAUUUGUCGUCCGAACAUUUUCCGUAUUGGAUGGUAUUGGGAAGGGUUUUGACCCUCGAUUUGGCAAUUUUAUAGAAAUUGCCAAAAUCUAUGCACUGGAGUUGCUAAGAUUUCGGGAGGCUGGUGCUGAAGUUGCCAUAAAGGACUUCAAGAAGAGAUGGGAACGAAAGAACCAAACUGUUGAUAACUUAUUUUGGAAGGGUGACAGUUCAAAAUCUUGCUCAGAUUUGAAGGAGCUCGAUUUUACUGCGAACUUGCUUCCGGAAUGGAAAGACAUUAGGCAUUCGGAGAAUCCAUUCACAGGUACAAGCAAAGGUGGUAUUCCUAGAUUUAUGUUGAUUGCAUGUUUGGCAAAAAUUGAAAUCCUUAAUGGGAUUGAGGUGAGGAUUCUUGAGGGAAAAGAAUCUGAAAUCAGGGAGUUCAAACUGACAAAGAUCCUUCUUUGAAAUUAUCAACUUGAAUUGUGUAAGCUCAUUGUCUGAAGCAACAGAUACUGCACAUCAAGUGCUUGAUAUAAAUCCUUAAAGAAAACAAAAUGGGGUAUUCCAUUACGAAGUGUUGGUUUAGUUCAUUUUACCGCUGGUGUAUCAAGUUUCGGGGGUUAGUUCAACACCAGUAAGUUUAUCAUUUUGCUUGUUUGCACUUUUCUUUAAGACACUUUGAACUUACUAGGGGCUAGUUGCUCUUCUCUUUAAGAAACCUUGAACUUAUUAGGAUUUGUAUCAGUAUGAAUUUAGAAUUUGAAUCCUUUUUUUGUAUGAUUCUGAAUCCAAGUGUAAACUGAAUGUAUUUAUAAGUUGUGUGAUGAAAACAAUGAAUGAUUAAUGGAAAGGUCAUUAUAAAU